AUGAUAAUCCUCUUUUUGUCACUGAUCAGUUCCAUUUCCAUGCGAUUCGUCGAUGAGCAUGGCUUCGACAUCCCAAACAUCUUCAAAUACUCUCAAUUCAAAAUACUCCUUGACAAUUCAACAGCACAUAGUGAACCAAUUGAAUUGGAAUGUGUCAGUAGCCUUUAUGAUACUGAGAAUUCUAUGGGAGUAUCAUUUACAGAUGAUAAAUGCAGGUUCUACGUCACAGGGAUCAAAAUGGGAGAUACCAGGAUCACUGAUGGGACAUUUGGAUCAUUCAAUGGGUGUAACAGGAAUCUUGAAUACAUUUUAGAUAGCAUCAAAUAUAAGUAUGAAUUACACGAUGACGUCUAUAUGCUAACUACUAGUGAUAAAUACAGCAAGGAUGAAUAUCCUGGUAUAAAAUACAUUGGUGAUAUGACUGAUAUGGACUAUUUAAAAGAGAAUAAGGUCAUGGAUAUGAACAAUUUACUACAAAGAGGCCUAAUAGCAGCUGGUUUAGAUGGUUCUGUAAUCAACUUCAAUGUAUUUGUUGUGAAAGACCCAUCAGUCAAAGAUGAUGAGAUGAAUAUUGAUAAAAUAUUGUCAGGUGCAAAUGAAAUAUUUGCUGGUACAGGAAUAAGAAUCAAUACAAUGGAUCAGAUCAAUAUCAAUGGUGGCUCAGUUGAUGAUCUAGAGCACUUUGCUCAACUGAUGAAUGAAAUCAAGAUCAAAAAUGAUAAAAUACUCAGGGCCAGUCUGAUAAUGCUAGUCAAAAAGAGCGAGACCAAAAUGAAACAUCUUGGAAUGUCGUAUUCUGGUGGUGCUGAUACGCUAAACAAGAAUUAUUCGGUGAUUUAUUUGAGGGAUUCCAAAUCGCAUUUUAAUCAGUUAUUGAAUGCAAGGGUAGUAGCACAUGAAAUAGCGCAUUCCAUGGGGGUUCCACAUGAUAAGGAUGACACUAAUCACGUUAUGAGCAGAGUAGAUUUUAAGGCAUCUCGGAGCAAGAAAUAUCUGAAAUUCAGUACAGAAUCACUUUAUUACAUCAACAAAUACUACAAGAAGACGCAGAUUAGAAGGACGCAAACUAAUACGAAUAGGUUGGUUACCAGUGAAGCAGAUGCAACUGCCCUGGUGAAUGAACUAAGGCGUGAUUCGUAUAAUCAAAUUGUAAAAGAGAGACUCAACAACAAGGAACCAGACACAAUCAGGACGAAAUACUAUUUGGUGCUCAGUCUGCUGUUCUAUUUAUUCAGUAUAAUGGUAGCAGUGAUAUACAUUAAAUAA